UGUCUUUAGUAAGCCUGCUUAUCGGUGAGAGUGAAAUAAGAAAUUAGUUGCGUUAAUACCUGAAAGAAUAAGACUGCAGGUGGCCAAACAUGUCUUUCAAAAGGGAGGGUGAUGAUCAAAGUCAGCUAAAUGUACUGAAGAAACGACGCGUUGCAGAUCUUCUGUCUAACUUCAUCCCAGAUGAUGAAGCUACUCUGAUGAAAAACGGAAGACACAGCUGCCUUGUGUGUUCUCACCGUCCUGUGCUUGACACUGUUGAUAUGCUCAUGGUGCACAGGAAGGGAAAGCGACACCUUGAAGGAAUGAAAUGGUUCUACGGCAAAAGGAAUCAGUUUAAACAUGAAAUAGAUAAAAGGCGACAUCAAGAUUAUGUUAAAGCAGAAGAUGAGCGACAGGAACCCUCCAGUUCAGCUCCUCUUCUGAGUCAAACACGUAAAAUUACCCAUCAUGCCCUACUCAGAACUGCUUCUUACAGUAGCUGCCACAGAAAGGCCAGUGAACGAUUGGAAUCGUCAGGAUGUGGCCAAGAAGACAGACAAGAUCAAAUCAACAAUAUCAACUCAUCAACUCAUUUGUCCAUUAGGACAGGAAGUAUUGACUCCAUAUCAACAAAUAGCACAAACGUGCAUCAGGGACAGACUCAAGGGAAAGAAGAGACAAAGAAGGGGAAGAAGGGAUCCAGCACUAAGUGUGAGCCUAUAACAGAGCAGAGAUGCAAAGAACUGGAACACUACCUCAAAUUAAAAAGUUCGGGAUGGCUGCAGGACAGAAGUGGUAAAUGGGUUAAAGAUGAGAAUGUUGAGUUUGACUCGGAUGAAGAAGAACCGGAUCAGUUACCUCCUAGCAGUGAAUCUUCAUAGCAGACUCAAUACUGUUCAGCAACUGCCAAAAAUGCUUCAGGAUGCAUUUAAACUGAACUGCAUGUGAGAUGAUGAUAUUGUCUCGAUAGGCACAACUCUCAUAUGACAGCUUUUACGUCCAUGCCUCUGUGACCUACUUUAUAUACAAUAAGGUCGAAACUUCCAAGACAUUCUUUCUGGAAAAGAGUUUGCAAAUUGUAUUAGUACUAUGUACUAGCCAUCUUGUUGAAACAGUUUCUGAACUAACAAUGUUAUAUUUCUAUGUGAAUAAAGUGAGGAGGUUGUGACCCCAUUGUGUUGAA